ACUAGAAUUAUUUUAUUUUUUAAGAGAAGAAAAAGAAAAGUGGACGAAACGAAACCCAAUAAGAAUUUUAUUGAAAUUCCAAGUGUUGUUGGUAUUUCGGUCAUAUAAAUAGCGCCAAAGAACGACAUGAAGUAGUGAAAUAGUAACAAAUUAAAUGUAAAUAAGCUCAAAUUUUAUUUUGGGUAAUUCAGGCCCAUAUAAUUACUAACGCCGCCCCCACUAACAACUGCGUUCCCUGUACGCUGUCGCUUUUGUUCCAACAGCUCCGCUGCUAAAAACAAGAAAACAAAACAUUUCUUUGAAAUCAUUCAAAAACGUCAUGUUAAAAUCUCCUUCCAAUGCCCAGGAAAUACGUUUACCGCGCCCUGAGCAACACAACAGCAGAGCUCAGUCGCCCGCCACCAUGGACGCUCUGAAGACAUCAUUUCUGCCCAAUUUGAGCAUGGAUCCCGCCCUUGUAUCGAACACACAUUUCUGCCCCAUGUGUGGUCAACAGUUCGAAAAUCCACAACAGACCACGGAACACAUGCACCUGUGUCACGGCGGCCUCAGUGUGGUGGCUGGCGUGGGUGGUGGCAGUAUAUUGUUGGCGCCUCAUCAUGUCAGCAUGGCGGAUUCAAUGAAAAUCGAUUAUCCCUGUCAUAGUUGCGAUGAAAAAUUUGGCACAGAGCAGGAUUUGGACGAUCAUCAUCGGCUGGUGCAUCAGGCUCCGGCAUUUCUGGCCCGUUGUCCGGCAUGUAGUUUUUAUGGUAUAUCACCGGCCGCCUUGCAGGGAGCCAACGAGUACAAGUGUAUUCAUUGUGGUUCCGUGUGUACAGCUUCCGCCCUAGCAGCUAGUCAACCGGGCUAUGGACCCCAAACGCCGGAACAUAUGCCAACAAUGGCGCCGCAUGACAUGAACUUAUCCAAUCAUGAGCUAUUUCAGCGCCAGUAUCAGGAGCAGGUUUCCAUAUUGCAACAACAUCAAGAGCAACAGGAACAACAACAUUUGCAACAGCAACAGGAAGAAUUAGAGCAGCAGCAACAACAUCAAGAACAGCAACAGCAGCAGCAGCAACUACAUCAAGAGCAACAGCAACAACAACAACACCAUCAAUCCCACCACCAUCACCAGCCGGAUGAUAGCCCACAUGAAAGCGUCCAAUUAAAAGUGCCACCGCUAACAGUUAAACUGAAUAAAGGCUUAAAUGGUACUGCAACUGUGAUUCACCCGCAUGUGAUAAUCAAAGAGGAACCACUCAACGGUGAUGGCAUGGAGGGUUCGCCGACAUCGGUGCCCGUCUAUACCAUCCAACAAAAUCCCGGUGCUGCCACAAGUGUUGUGGUCAGUUCAUCGCACGAUCACUCAGCCGUCCUUAGCAAUCAAGCAAGCGCCCUAACGACAACCGUAAUAGUGGGUGGUGUGCCCAAGGUGCGCCACAAGUGUCCCGACUGUCCGAAAACCUUUAAAACCCCUGGUACAUUGGCCAUGCACCGCAAGGUGCAUACUGGAGAAGCAGACCUCACACCGAAAGAACGCCCCUACACAUGCUCAUACUGUGGCAAAUCAUUUACACAAUCGAACACAUUAAAGCAGCAUACGCGCAUACACACAGGUGAGAAACCCUUUAGAUGUGGCUAUUGUGGCAGGGCGUUCACAGUCAAGGACUACUUGAACAAACAUUUAACAACUCACACGGGCGAGAAACCUUUUCAGUGCACCUAUUGCGAAAAGUCGUUUAGUGUCAAAGACUAUCUAACCAAACAUAUACGCACACACACUGGUGAAAAACCGUACACAUGCCCGUAUUGUGAGAAACGAUUUACGCAGCGCAGUGCCCUAACGGUGCAUACGACCAAGCUACAUCCACUCUACGAAAGGCCCAAUGGUGUUGGGAGUGGGGGUAUUGGUGGUGGUGGCGGUGUCGAGCGUAGAGGAGCAGCUGGAGGUGGUGGUGUAGGUAAUAGCGAUAUGGGCAGUAAUAGUGCUGGUGGUGGCAUUGGAACAUCUGUUGGUAACCUUGUUGCUGGAGGUGGUGGUGGUGGCGGCGCUGGUAUUGUAACAUCUGCUGGUGGCGGCGAUAGCAGCAGUUGUGGUGGUGAUGCUGAAGCUGAUGACGGCACCAAUGAUGGCCACAUUUUAAUUAAUAGGAAUCCCAUACGCCAAGUUUUAUGAGUACCAACAAUAGCCCUACAACGCUCAACAGUUGUAGUGGACAGUGAAACACAAACUACUCCAACCACUGAGUAAUUUGGCAGACAAAUUGUUACAAUUUAACGUCCACAUGACCACUUCAUUGCCCCCCCGCCCGGUUUUGUGUUACUUCUCUUAAAAACAAAAAAAAAAAAAACAAAUAUGGGAAUUGUGUAAUAUUUCUUUACGAAAGAAUGAUAGAAAAGAUAAAAAAUAAAAA